AUGAGAGUUUGGAAACAGUGCAAUGGGUUUUUUAGGAAAUCGGAUGGAGCUUCCAGUGGCUUGGGAUUUAUUUGGAACCCCAUGAAUGUUAAGAUCUCACUCAUGCGAGAAGAUAAGUAUUGGCAACAUUGCUUGGUCACUAUUCUUGGACAUAAUGAGAGCUUAAAUAUCUUCAAUAUGUACGGACCUUCUUCUGCUGGUGAUAAGCAGGCUCUCUGGGAUCUCCAAUCUAUUAAGCUAAACAGUAUUACUGAUGGAAUGACUAAGGAUCUAUUCAUCAAAGAAAAUUCUCUCAAAUUAGACCUAAAUGAAAUCCUUAGAUGUGAGGAAAUCCACUGGCAGCAAAAAUCAAGGGAGUUAUGGUUAAAGGAAGGAGAUAAAAAAACCAAAUUCUUCCAGCGGUCAGCCAUUGCCAAUCGAAACAGAAACAGAAUAUUAGAGAUUAUGAGGUCGGAUGGAAUCACUGUCAAGAAUUACGAGGACAUUGCACAUGAAGUUGUAAGGUUAUUUGAUUCUCUGUUGAAUGGGGACCAUCAGAUCGAUCAUGAAGCAAGAGCCAUAAUUCUGAACUCAAUCCCAUCCACCAUCUCUUCUAAUCAAAAUACAGCUCUCUGUACACCCAUUUCUAUUGAUGAAGUAAGGAAGACCACCUUCCAUUUGAAACCGGAUAAGACUCCUGGCCCGGACAACUUCCCUAUCGCGUUAUUCCAUCAUUACUAG